AUGCAAACCGCCAAGAAGGAUGGGGCUUACCGCGUCAUUGCCGCUGUGAGUAUCCUCAUCGUGACAAUUUGGGUUCUCUUCCAGGGCGCCAGCUUUGCUGGCGGUAGGAACGGAACGAUUAAGAACUCGAGUCAUACCGUGAAAGAAAAUGGAUUUGUGUAUCGGAAAGUGGCCAAAGAAGUUUACGCUGGUACCAAAGAGAAGGCGACGUUUGUCACGUUGGCGAGAAACGAAGAUCUGUACUCUUUGAUCGGGUCAAUUGCAAGCAUUGAGGACCGUUUCAACCGGAAGUUCCAGUACGAUUGGGUCUUCUUGAAUGACAAAGAGUUCACUGAGGAGUUCAAGCGUGUUACAACGGCCAUGAUCAGUGGCACGACCAAGUACGGGAAAGUGCCACCAGAACACUGGUCGUACCCUGAAUGGAUCGAUCAAAACAAAGCCGCACAGGUGAGAGACCAAAUGCGCGCCGACAGGAUUAUUUACGGAGAUUCGGAAUCCUACAGACACAUGUGCCGUUUUGAAUCCGGCUUUUUCUACAGAAACGAAAUGCUCAAGGACUAUGACUGGUAUUGGCGGGUUGAACCUGAUACGCGUAUUCACUGCGACGUCGAUUACGACGUUUUCAAGUUCAUGAAGGAUAACGGCAAAAAAUACGGGUUCACGAUUUCCAUCAAGGAAUAUCCGGCCACGAUCGAAACCCUGUGGAAGACCACACGUGAGUUCAUGGAGAAAUAUCCAGAACAUAUCCAUCCAAACAAUAUGCUGGACUUUGUGUCGGACGACGAAGGCGCUUCUUAUAACUUGUGCCAUUUCUGGUCCAACUUCGAGGUCGGUUGGCUCGACCUAUGGCGUGGUCCUGCUUACUCUGCUUAUUUCGACUAUCUGGACCAUGCGGGCGGCUUUUUUUACGAACGCUGGGGUGAUGCUCCUGUUCAUUCCAUUGCAGCAGCGCUACUUCUGGAUCGGUCCGAAAUUCACCAUUUUGGUGACGUCGGUUACUUCCACGUUCCUUUCCAUGCAUGUCCAAUCGACGAUCUGACUCGCCUCAACAAUCGUUGCAGCUGUAAUCCUAACGAGGAUUUCACGUGGAAGGGCUAUUCUUGCACUACCAAGUUUUACACCGUUAACAACAUCCCCAAGCCCGCAGGCUGGUUGAAAUAUGCCGAUUGA